UUUCCAUGCGCCGAGAGCAGCAAGACCAGCAAACCCAGCGAGGCCAAGGAUGGCAUUGAUUUCAAGACCGGUACCCUGCGGCCAAGUCUUGUUCAGCACUGCGUAGGCGACGUAAGCAAGACCGUCGAGCAGGUAGGUGAGAGAGGUAAGAGAGAGAAAAGUAAGAAUAAAAGCACGACGGGGGAUACGAGUAGCGACGACGACGGAAGUUAUUGGUGAGGGCGAUUGCGGUUCGGGAGGACGGGUGGAUAUGAGCGAUAGAGUGGCAAGAAACACAAGUGCAGGAGAAGCGAUGCGAAUGGCGAAGAUCGCGACAGGCAGCACCGCGCUUGUGUCGGGCAGCAUCGUUGUCGUCGUCGUUGAGAACGUUGUCGUCGCUGUCGUCGUCGCUGAGCUCGUCGUCGGCGUUGGGAGAAAAAGAGAGGAAGGUCGUGAAAAGCGAAUCGUCCGCGCUGAGA